AGAAGACUUAGGAGGAUGAAAGGUAAUGCGGCCUGCGAGGGCCGUGGGCACCCCAGAGCGCUAUCAUGUCGUGCACUGAGUCAUAAAUACGAGUGUAGGAGACUUGAAAUCCUCUUCCUGGCGGUCUUCCUUGCUUCCAGAAGGCCCCACUUUGAUACUGCAGUUACUUGGGGACACUGUUGGUCCUAUAGCAAACUUCAGUCUAUGUAUCUCUGUCUAAACUUUUUAAGUUCAGUCAACAAGGAGCCAAUCCGGACUGAGAAGACUGACCUAUGGAGAGUGAACACACCAAAGAUGAGGAAGCUGAAGCUUAGAAAGAGGAUCAGUAACUUCCCCAAGGCCACACAGCUAUAUCUAUCCGUUUUACCAACCGAUGGCGAAGCAGAGCGAACGGAGGGCAUUCUUAGCAGAGUUACAGAAUCUGUUAAGAAUAUUGUGCCAGGAUGGUUACAAAGAUACUUUAACAAGAAUGAAGAUGUAUGUGGCUGCUCAUCAGACACAAGAGAGGUUCCACAAUGGCCAGAAAAUAGAGAAGAUGAUCAUCUGGUCUAUGCUGAUGAGGAGAACUCUAAUAUUCAUGAUGGGAGAAUCACUCCUGAGCCAACAGUUAGUAAUACAGAAGAACCCUCAACAACUAGUACUUCUUCAAAUUACCCAGAUGUAUUAACAAGGCCUUCUCUUCAUCGGAGCCAUAUGAAUUUCUCCAUGUUGGAAUCUCCUACGUUACACUGUCAGCCCUCCACAUCCUCGGCAUUCCCAAUUGGCAGUUCUGGAUUUUCCCUUGUAAAGGAAAUUAAAGAUUCUACCUCUCAGCAUGAUGAUGAUAACAUCUCAACUACCAGUGGUUUUUCUUCAAGAGCUUCUGAUAAAGAUAUAGCUGUUACGAAGAACACUUCAGUGCCACCUCUGUGGUCCCCAGAGGCUGAACGUACUCCUUCUCUCUCACAGCACACUGCCACCAGCUCGAAAAAACCAGCAUUCAACUUGGCUGCCUUUGGAACACUUUCCCCUUCACUUGGGAAUUCUUCAGUCCUUAAAACAAGUCAACUUGGAGAUUCUCCGUUUUAUCCUGGAAAAACAGUGUAUGGUGGGGCAGCAGCUGCUGUAAGACAGCCUAAACUACGAAACACAGCGUAUCAGGCGCCAGUCAGAAGACAGAUGAAAGCUAAGCAGCUCAAUGCACAAUCCUAUGGUGUGACCAGUUCAACCGCUCGGCGAAUAUUGCAGUCUUUAGAGAAGAUGUCAAGCCCUCUAGCGGAUGCAAAAAGAAUUCCAUCUGUUGUUUCUUCUCCCCUGAAUUCUGUGGACUCUCCGUAUCCUCCUGUUCAGAGACUCUUGACCCCAAAGCCAGUUUCCAUAGCAAAUCGAACUGUUUAUUUUAAACCAUCUCUGACUCCGUCUGGUGAAUUAAGGAAGACUAAUCAAAGAAUAGAUAAAAAGCACAGUACCGGGUAUGAAAAACCUGUGACGCCAGGACAAACUAGAGAACAGCGAGAAAGUGGCUUUUCUUAUCCAAAUUUCAGUAUGUCUGCAGCCAAUGGUUUAUCUUCUGGAGUAGGUAGUGGAGGCGGCAAGAUGAGACGAGAGAGAACGCGCUUUGUUGCAUCUAAGCCUCCGGAGGAGGAGGAAAUGGAAGUACCAGUAUUGCCGAAAAUCUCUUUACCCAUCACCAGUUCUUCACUGCCUACCUUCAAUUUUAGUUCCUCUGUGAUCACAACGUCCUCUCCAUCACCCAUUAGUCCUUCACAAUCAUUAACAAACAAGGUACAAAUGACCUCUCCAAACAGCACUGGCAGCCCCUUGUUUCGAUUUUCAUCUCCAAUUGUUAAAUCUACUGAGGCAGAUCUACUACCUCCAUCAUCUAUUGGAUUUAUAUUCAGUGUGCCUGUUGCAAAAACAACAGAACUUUCUGGCUCUAGUAGUAUUUCAGAAUCAAUUACAAGUAGUAGUUCAGCUCAAGAUAUCAGUACAGUGAAUAGUACAAGCUGUAAGAAGAAGCCAGAUGAAGAUUGUGAGGGCCCUUUUAGACCUGCAAAAACCCUGAAAGAGGGAAGUGUCCUAGAUGUUCUCAAAAGCCCCGGUUUCGCAUCACCGAAGACAGAUUCUCUUGCUGCUCAGCCUCCUACCACAAGCCCAGUUGUUUAUACAAGACCAGCAAUAAGUAGCUUUUCUUCUAGUGGCAUCGGGUUUGGGGAAAGUUUAAAAUCUGGACCGUCGUGGCAGUGCGAUACUUGUCUACUCCAGAACAAACUUACAGACAGCAAGUGCAUCGCCUGUCAGGCUGCAAAGCUGCCGCCCAAAGAGACUGCGAAACAAACUGGAAUUGGAACACCGAAUAAAAGUGACAGAUCAGCUCUUCCCUCCUCAGGGACGGGGUUCGGAGACAAAUUUAAACCGGCAGCAGGCACUUGGGAUUGUGAUACCUGCCUAGUGCAGAAUAAACCUGAGGCAAUAAAAUGCGUGGCCUGUGAAACCCCGAAGCCCGGGACCGGUGUGAAGCGAGUCCUUACGCUGCCCACGGCUCCGGAGAGCGCGGUGACUGCGACUGCGGCUGCCGCCUCUGCCACGUGCACUGUGACCACUGCCGCCUUAGGGUUUGCUGAGCAGUUUAAAAGGCCCGUGGGCUCUUGGGAGUGUCCAGUAUGCUGUGUUUUUAAUAAUGGCGAAGACAGUAAAUGUGUGUCCUGUGUGUCUGAGAAACCAGGAAGUUCGGUACCUGCUUCAAGUAGCAGCACUGUCCCCACCUCUCUGUCUUCUGGAAGCUGCUUGGGGUUAGACAAGUUCAAGAAACCCGAGGGCAGCUGGGACUGUGAAGUGUGCCUGGUACAGAAUAAAGCAGAUGCUACUAAAUGUGUGGCGUGCGAAAGUGCAAAGCCAGGCACAAAAUCUGAGUUUAAAGGCUUUGGCACAUCUUCCUCAUCUUCAAACCCAGCAGCCUCAUCCUUCAAAUUUGGUAUCCCAUCAUCCUCUUCUGGACCUUCUCAGACCUUAACAAGCACUGGAAAUUUUAAGUUUGGAGAUCAGGGAGGCUUCAAAAUCGGAGUGUCCUCAGAUUCUGAGUCUCCAAACUCCGUGAGUGAAGGCUUUAAAUUUCCUAAACCAUUAGGAGAUUUUAAAUUUGGAGUUUCAUCUGAAACUAAACCUGAGGAAGCUAAAAAAGACAGUAAGAGUGAGAACGAUUUUAAGUUUGGACUUCCUUCGGGCGUAAGUAACACGGCUUCGUUAGCUCCAUUUCAGUUUGGCGUGUCUAAUCUCGGGCAGCAGGAGAAGAAAGAGGAACUACCUAAGUCUUCGUCUGCGGGCUUCAGCUUUGGUCCCGGUGUUAUUAACCCCACCCCUGCUGCUGCCAACACCGCAGUGACCGCUGAGAGCAAGAGCAGCUUCAGCUUUGGAACCCUAGAAACCAAGAGUGUUUCCGUGGCUCCUUUCACGUGUAAGACGUCAGAAGCCAAAAAAGAAGAAACGCCUGCCGCCAAAGGAGGGUUCACGUUUGGCAGCAUAGAGCCCGCCCCUCCGCCGUCUGCCUCGUUGUUCGUGCCGGGAAGGACAGAAGAGAAGCAGCAGGAACAGGUCACUUCCACUUCUCUGGUGUUUGGGAAGAAAGCUGACAGUGAAGAGCCAAAGUGUCCAUCAGUGUUUUCCUUUGGAAAUUCAGAGCAGACCAAAGAGGAGAGUUCUUCAAAGUCCACCUUUAGUUUCAGCGUGGCGAAACCAGCUGAGAAGGAAUCGGAACAGCCAACAAAGGCCGCUUUCACAUUUGGAACGCCAACCAAUACUACGGCUGAUCCGGGGGCCGCGAAGCCGGCGUUCACCUUCUUGAACAGCAGCGCCCCCACGUCCAGUGCGCCGGCCCCGGCCGCCGCGGGGGGCAUGUUCGGGAGCUCCGCCGCCGCCUCCAGCGCGCCCGGGACUGCCUUUGUGUUCGGACAGGCCGGCAACCCUGGGAGCGGCCCUGCCUUCGGGAGCUCGGCCGAGUCGGGCGCGUCUCAGUCGCUGCUGUUUUCUCAAGAGAGCAAACCAGCAACCACAUCGAGCGCGGCCGCGGCCGUCACCCCGUUCGUCUUUGGGCCGGGAGCCAGCAGCCACAGCACCGCCAGCUCCGGCUUCAGUUUCGGAGCCACGACCACAUCCAGCUCUGCAGGAUCCUCCUUUGUAUUUGGCACGGGGCCUUCGGCGCCAUCUGCCAGUCCAGCAUUUGGUGUUAACCAAACCCCGACAUUCGGACAGAGUCAAGGUGCCAGCCAGCCCACUCCCCCAGGCUUUGGAGCUCUGUCCUCGUCGGCGGCAUUGUUUUCUGCUGCCCCUCAGCCCACACCGCCUACUUUUGGGACCGUGUCCAGCAGCAGCCAGCCUCCGGUGUUCGGACAGCAGCCGAGUCAGUCCGCCUUUGGCUCCGCAGCAGCUCCAAGUUCCGGUUCUUCAGUUUUCCAGUUCGGCAGCAGCAGCACCACCAAUUUCAACUUCGCCAACAACAACCCGUCGGGCGUGUUCACGUUCGGGGCGAACCCCGGCACCCCCGCCGCCUCGGCGCAGCCCUCCGGCUCCGCGGCCUUCGCCUUCGGCCAGUCUUCGGCCGCGUUCACUGUGGGGUCAAACGGGAAAAAUAUGUUCUCUUCUUCCGGAACUUCGGUUCCUGGUCGCAAGAUAAAGACUGCUGUCAGGCGCAGGAAAUAAAGGUCGCGGUGUGUCCCACACCGCGUUGGCAACUGCUGGUGCCCUGCUUCUCAGAUCCCGGCCGUACUGUGCGUGGGGCUGGCUGUGGUCAGACCUGCCUGACGAGUUCCUGAGUUCGCCCCCCCCAGCCCCGCCCUCCCCUCCUCCUCCCCCGUUCAAGAAACAAUAAUCGCUAGAUCGGCGGCUGAUUCUGCCCCAGAAAUAGGAUCCAGCACAUGACCCCUGAUUGGGCGCCGCCGCGCACGCCCGGGCGGGUGGCUUUGUAGGGAGCCUCCAUGCGCGCCGCGCUGCGCUGCGCUCGCGGGUGCGCGCCGGGGGACGCGUCGACGUUGUAAUUAUAUGGGAGGAAUUCUGUAUAGAUUAGAGAAUGUGGAAGUGAAUGAUUUCUAUGCUGAGUUUGUGCUGGUGUAUGUGUGAAGUGAGUGAGUUGGGUGUAUUGUGCACUAAAAUUUUCUGAUAGAGGAAGCCUGAUUAAAGAAUGGUCCAUGCUAAGGACUUAUUAGAUCUAGUGCGUUCUCCAUUUAAUAAUUAUAUGCUAUUUCUAUAUUUUCAUUCUCCUAUCACCUGUCUUGCCUUUUUCAUUAUUUUAUUAUGAAACUGGUGUAAAUACAAUUUUGUUUCUGUACUUUUUUGGCAUAACAUAAAUCUGUGAACUUGAAAUUUUAAUUUUGUGUUAGAAAAUUUGUUUGUUCUUUGUUUAGUCUUGUCUCAGAUUUUAUUAUGUAAAUCCCAUUAUUCAAAGUUGCCUAAAUCCAUUUAGAAAUCUUUAAAAAAAAAAUUGGGGAUUCUUAAAGUGAAUUUAUUGGCUUUUCUGAUCCAGUUUUGUUUGGACCAAAAACCAGUAUUGUACAAAGUAUUAAGCAUAUAUUUUUAUAUUUACUGAAAUGGACUGUGGUGACUUUGGAUAAUAAGGAAAAGUUUAAUAUUAAAGCCAUGUUUAUUACAGUAUAAUUAACAUGUUAAACCAUGGGAUAAAUGCCAUCAAUAAAAAAUUAUGAAAUAUUUUUUGUUCUAGUGUUAACUUAUAAUGAAGGUACCAGUGUUAAUGGAAGGGAACCUUUUUUUGUAAAGGUUCGCCAUGGUCAGAGAAAUUCCAAAGAAUACAUUUAAGUGAUUUGGACAACUCCUACGUGAAGGGGAAGUGUCUGGAGGUAAAACACAGAGAAGGUACCCUGCUUUUCUUCUGGUGCUAGGAAUCACGCCUACCUUGCAUAUAAAAUGACAUAUCUUUUUAAAAGUUGAAAAUAAACACACGUAACCA